UUUUUUUUUUUUCUAUUUACCAAAGAAUACAUUAAUAUAUACAUAUAUACAAACAACUAUGAGUUGGAAGGGAUUACAAAAAGCUAUCCAUCGUUUACCACACCAAAUUCUUUCUCGAAAAGCUGAAACAACUCAGGAUCCUGAAUUCAAGGCGUUGGAAAAGAAGUUUGAGUCUAAUGUCAAAGUAGUGGAAAGACUUUACAAGGAUAUACAAACCUAUCGUGACAGUAUAGCAUGUAAAGAAAAAAAAAUAUAGGAUUUGUAUAAAUGAACUUAUUUUUCUUUUUAUUUAGCUGCUAUGAUGCAUCAAGCAAGUAUGGCAUCGUAUUUAUCAGCAAUGUAUGAUCCUUAUAUUGGUACUCCAGCUGUAGAAGGGAUGAUACAAAAACGGGUGCCAUCUACUGCUCCAGAGGCGAUUCAAGCAGUCAACGAUGCUGAGGCGGCUUUAGGGUAUUGCCGGGAUGAAGUAUUACCAGAAUUGGAUGGAUUGGACCGAGAUGUGACACGACCUCUGUUGGAUUUACUGGAUAUUGCAAAAACCAUUCAAAAAACCAUUGUUAAGCGCAGCCACAAAUUAAUUGAUUAUGACCGACAUCGCUUAGCCCUCGCCAAGCUAACUGCAAAGCAAGAUCGAAGUUUUAGUGAAGAAAAACAGAUAUUCAAGACGGAGACUGCAUUGGAUACAGCAACUCAAGAUUAUGAAUACCUCAAUAAUAUGCUAAAGGAACAGCUGCCACAUUUCUUUCAACUACAAUCACAUUUUAUUCAACCGGUGUUCGAAAGAUAUUAUGCAAUUCAAGUCAAAAUUUAUGGGAUGAUAUAUGCUCGAUAUCAUGAACUAUUCAAUGCUAAUUUGAAUCAUUUUAUCACCAAUCAAAUGGGUAUUGAGGAUGGAUUCAAUUAUCGAAAAUCACAGCAUGAUGUUCGGGCUGAAAUGGAAAAUAUGGAUUUGUUAAAAUCAGGUGGAAAAGCAUGGUUAGCAGCAUCUGGUGGUGUGAACAAUUCACGAUUAUCAUUGCAAGAAAGAGCAGCUUUACGAGAACAAGAAAAAGCAGGAGGUAUGGCACUCUCACCACCUCCCGCAUAUGGUUCAUCAUCAUCAUCACCUAGGAUGAUGAAUCAAUACAGUACAGGUCAAGAAAAGCAACAAUUACAACAACAAGCAUGGGGACCUUCUUCAGCACCAGCACCACCUGCCAUUGCCAAUCGAACUGGUGGACAAUAUGUAAUUGCUCUUUAUGAUUAUCAAGCUCAAGCCGAUGGUGAUUUAUCUUUUCGAAAAGAUGAUAAGAUUGAAUUGAUUGAACGUACAAUGGAUCAAAAUGAUUGGUGGACUGGCAAACUUCAUGGACAAACCGGUAUUUUCCCUGGGAAUUACGUAUCGGAACUAUGAUAUAUAUAUACACGUUAUUAUAGUCCAUAGUAGGAUAGUUUAGUAUAGACAUCAAUAGAAUAGAUUCAAUGACAUGUUUCUCCCACACACACACACAUCAAAAUGUAC